CCAAGGCCUGCUACUGACACUGCUGGGCCAUCUAAGCAAGGCAGACAGAGGGAAUUGGAUGAGGCUCUUCUGAACAUGGUGGUGAAGGAUCUGCAGCCCUUCACCAUCGUGGAGGAUGAGGGUUUCAGGGCCUUUGUGAACAAGCUUGAUCCAAGCUAUGUCCUCCCAUCCCGGAAGGUGCUUAAAACAAUGGUCAGCGAAAGGUACAACACAACCAAGGAGAAGACAAUGGAGGACCUACAAAAGGCGGAAUUUGUUAGCCUUACGGCUGACAUGUGGUCUUCCAUUAAUAUGGAUGGAUAUCUUGGUGUAACAUGCCAUUACAUAACACCAGAGGCAACAAUGGCAACUGUUUUACUGGGUGUAAGGAGGUUUUACCAAACCCACACAGCCCAGCAUCUCAUGGAGGCUAAAGCCUUGCUAAUGGCUGAGUGGGGAAUAACCUCCAAAGUUCACUGCAUGGUGACUGACAAUGCAUCCAACAUGAUCCUAAGUGCCCUGCUACUCAACCUUCGCCAUGUCCCAUGUUUUGCUCAUAAUUUGAAUUUGAUAGUGAAAAAGGCCCUGGAUCAAACCCCAGUCAUCAAUGAAAUUCGCCAGAAAGCCAGAAAGAUAGUGGGGUUGUUCAGAUCCAGCUGCAAAGCAAAGGACAAGCUUGUGGAGAUGCAGAGCUUGAUGGGCAGACCAAGUCUGAAAAUGAUACAGGAGGUUGAAACGAGAUGGAACAGCACAUUCGACAUGCUACAACGCUUGUAUGAGCAACGUGAGCCAGUGGCUGCUGCACUUGCCAAUUUAAACAGUGAUACUGCUCCCCUGACAAGUCUUGAGUAUGACAUUAUUCAACAGUCAUUGACACUUCUUCAACCAUUCAAACUAGCAACAACAGAGAUGUCAGAGGAACAGAGAGUGUCUGCUUCAAAGCUCAUACCAUUGUACAGGAUGUUGCAGCACAAGUAG